AUGCCGGAGGUGCGCGUUCUCACCCGCACGACGCUCUUCGGCUACUACGACCACAACUCGCUGAGCGCGCUGGAGCGCCGCACCGACCAUCUGGGGCCGCGGGCGCGCACCGACAUGAGCCGCCAGCGCCUGUGGAACAUCAAGGCGCGCCGCGUGGUGCUCGCCACCGGCGCCCACGAGCGGCCGCUGGUCUUCGCCGACAACGACCGCCCCGGGAUCAUGCUGGCCUCGGCGGCGCAGCGCUACCUCAACCACCAUGCGGCGCUGCCGGGCAAGCGUGCGGUGCUCUUCACCAACAACGACGACGCCUACGAGGCGGCACACGACAUCGUGGAUGCGGGCGGCACGGUCGCUGCCGUGGUCGAUUGCAGGCCAGAGCCUGCGGCGCUGCUGGCAACCAAGCUGAAGGAGGCCGGCGUAGCCCUCCACACCGGCUCCGUCAUCGCCGCCACCCACGGCACGAAGCGGGUCCGCGCCGUCACCCUCGCCACGCUUGGCAGGGAUGGCAGGAUUGGCGGCUCCUUGCGCCGCAUCGCCUGCGAUAGCGUGCUCGUUUCCGGCGGCUGGAACCCGGCGGUGCAUCUCUUCAGCCAGGCCACGCAGGCGCUGGAGGUGGCCGGCGCCGCCAAUGGCAGCUUCGGCCUCACCGCCUGCCUCGCGGAAGGUGCGGCCGCCGGUGCGCGCGCGGCCCAGGCGGCAGGCUUCGGCGACGGCACGGCGCCGGCGGUGCCGCCCGUCGACGCGCCCGAGCCCGGCGCCAUCACGCCCUUGUGGCUGGUGCCGGGGCUGAAGCCGCUCGGCCACGGCAAGGCCAAGCACAUGGUCGACCAUCAGGACGACGUGACCGCGGCGGAUAUCCAGCUCGCGGCGCGCGAGGGCUUCCGCUCGGGCAAGACGUCGAACGUCAACGGGCUCGCCAUCCUCGCCGACGCGCUGGGCAAGACCGUGCCCGAGGUCGGCACCACCACCUACCGGCCGCCCUACACGCCGGUCACCUUCGGCGCGCUCGCCGGGCGCGAUCGCGGCGCGCUGAUGGACCCGGUGCGGCGGACCGCGAUGCACGAAUGGCACGAGGACCACGGCGCGGUGUUCGAGCCCGUCGGCCAGUGGCACCGGCCCUGGUGGUACCCCAAGCCUGGCGAGGACAAGCACGCUGCGGUGGCGCGCGAAUGCCUUGCGGUGCGGGAAGCCGUCGGCAUCCUCGACGCCUCCACCCUCGGCAAGAUCGAUAUCAAGGGGCCGGAUGCGACCACCCUGCUCGACAUGGUCUACACCAACGCCUUCUCGACGCUGAAGGUGGGCCGGGUGCGGUACGGACUCAUGUGCGGCGACGACGGCAUGGUGUUCGACGAUGGCACCACCGCGCGCCUCGGCGAAAACCACUAUCUGAUGACCACCACGACCGGCAAUGCGGCCCACGUGCUGGAGUGGCUGGAGGAGUGGCUGCAGACCGAGUGGCCGGAGCUCAAGGUCUACUGCACCUCGGUCACCGAGCAAUGGGCGACUGUCGCCCUCGCCGGCCCCAAGGCCCGCGACGUACUGGCCGCGAUGGCGCCGGAGUUGGCGCUCGACACCGACUCUUUCCCCUUCAUGAGCGUGAAGGAGGGCAUCGUCGCAGGCGUGAACGCGCGCGUCUUCCGCAUCAGCUUCACCGGCGAGCUCAGCUUCGAGAUCAACGUGCCCUGGCACCACGGGCGCCACCUGUGGGAAGCGCUGAUGCAGGCGGGCGCCGAGCACGGCAUCACCCCCUACGGCACCGAGGCGAUGCACGUGCUGCGGGCCGAGCGUGGCUUCAUCAUCGUCGGCCAGGAGACCGACGGCACCACCACGCCCCAGGACCUCGGCAUGGACUGGAUCGUCUCCAAGAAGAAGCCGGAUUUCCUGGGCAAGCGCGCCUGGACCCGCGAGGACACGCAGCGGGACGACCGCAAACAGCUCGUCGGCAUCCUCACCGACAAUCCCAACGCCGUGCUGCCCGAGGGCACGCAGCUCGUGGACAAGCCGGGGCGGCCGCCGCUACCGAUGAUCGGCCACGUCACCUCCAGCUAUGCGAGCCCGACGCUGGGUCGCUCCAUCGCGCUCGCGCUGGUGAAGGGCGGCCGCGCGCGCAUGGGCGAGACAAUCCACGCGGCGCCCGAGAGCGGCUUCCUCCCCUGCAAGGUCACGGAGCCGGUGUUCUACGAUCCGGAAGGAGCCAAGCGCGAUGGCUGA